AUGGACACGAAAAAAGAUAACCGUCUGUUCUUAAUAAACUUACCAUCAUAUUUGUUGCUAUUGUUCCGACCGCUGAAAAUUAACCGCGGCCGUUCUUUCUUUAUUUCUUUCUUUCUUUCUUUCUCUUCCAACUUGCUUUUCUUUCUUUUUUCUUUCUUUCUCUUCCAACUUGCUUUUCUUUCUUUUUUUCUUUCUUUCACUUCCAACUUUUCUUUCUUUUUUUUCUUUCUUUCUCUUCCAACAUUUCUUUCUUUCUUUCUGUCUUUCUUUUCUAACUUUUCUUUCUUUCUUUCCAACUUUUCUUUCUUUCUUUCUUUCUUUCUUUCUUUCUUUCUUUCUUUCUUUCUUUCUUUCCUAACUUUUCUUUCUUUUCCAACUUUUCUUUCUAUCUUUCUUUCUUUCUUUUCCAACUUUUCUUUCUUUUUUCUUUCUUUCUUUUUUCUUUCUUUCUUUUUCUCGGUUCCCUUCUUAUUCUUUGUUUUAUUUGUCUUUCUUUUUAUUCUUUCUUUAUUUCUUUGUCCGUUUUCCUUCUAUUUCUUUCUUUUUUCUUUUACUUUUUUCUUUAUUUCUCUUCUUCCUUCCUUUUCUUUCUUUCUUUCUUUUUUUUUUUUCUUUGUUUAUUUGUUUCUUUGUUUCUUUCUUACUUUCUUUUUCUUCUCGCAAUUUUCUUUUUCUUUCUUUUUUCUUUAUUUCUGUUACACAUUCCUUUUCUUUCUUUCUUUUUUUUUUUUUUUGUUUAUUUGUUUGUUUGUUUCUUUCUUUCUUACUUUCUUUUUCUUCUCGCAAUUUUCUUUCUUUUUCUUUAUUUUUGUUACUCAUUCUUUUUCUUUCUUUCUUUUUUUCUUUCUUUCUUUCUUUCUUUCUUUCUAUUCCUGCUUUCUUUCUUCCUUUCUUAUCUCACAUUUCAUAGACAUUCUCUCAGACAACAAAGCUAUCUCUCUCUUUCCCAUACACGCUCUCAGACAUCAAAGCGAUAACUUCUUUUCUAUUUCUCAUAUAAAUUAUUCUUACACACCAAAGCGCAUUCUCGAUUUGUCCUUUCUCUCUCAUAAACAUUCUCUGACACUAAAGCCUUACUGUUCUUUCUCUCUCAUAGAUAUUCUCUCACAAAUCCACGCACUCUCUACCUUUCUCUCAUCCUCCCCCUCUCUCCCUCAUACACACUCUCUGACAUCAAUGCUUUACUAUUUUUCUUCUUCCUUUCUCUCUUCCUCUCCCUCUUUCUCUGAUACACACUCUGACAUCAAACCAUUUUCAUUCAUUCUGUCAGAGACGUUAUAUAACAAGCCAACGCACACUCUCCCUUUCUCUCUCUCACCUCUCUCUCUCUUUACACUAAAGCGUUACUGUUCUUUCUCUCUCAGACAUUCUCUCACAAUUCCACGCGCUCUCUACCAGUCUCUCUUCCUCCACGUCUCUCUCUCAUACACACUCUCUGACACCAAAGCCUUACUAUUCUUUCUGUCUCAUAGACAUUCUCUCACAAACAAAUGCGCGCUCUUACUUUCACUCUCCCCACUCCCUCUCUCCCUCUCAUGCACACUCUCUGACACCAAAGCCUUACCAUUCAUUUUCUCUCAUAGACAUUCUCUCACAUAUCCACGGGCUCUCUUAUUUUCUCUCUCCCCCUCUCUCUUAUACACAUUCACUGACUCCAAAACCUUACCAUUCUUUUUCUCUAAUAGACAUUCUCUCACAAAGCCACGCGUACUUUUCCUUUCUCUCUUCUUCCCACUCCCCCUCUCUCUCUCUCACUCAUCCACACUAUCUGACUCCAAAGCCUUACUAUACUUUCUCUCUGAUAGACCUUCUCACACAAACCUUCGCGUACUCUUCCUUUCUCUCUUCUUCCCCCUCUCUCUUUUAUACACACUCUCUGACACCAAAGCCUUACUAUUUUUCUGUCUCAUAAACACUCUCUCACAAACUCACGCGCAGUCUUCCUUUCUCUCUUCCUCUCCCUCUUUCUCUGAUACACAUUCUGACAUCAAACCAUUUCCAUUCAUUCUCUGUCAGAGACACAUUCAUUCACAAAUCCACGCGCACUCUUCCUUCUCUCUUCCUCUUUCCAUCUCUCUCUCAUAUAAACACUCUCUGACACUAAAGCCUUACCAAUCUUUCUCACUCAUAGGCACCCCCCUCCGCAUUUUCUUUUCUCUAUUCCUCUCCCACCUUUCUCUCUUUGUCAUACACACUCUCUGGGACCAAGGCCUUAUCAUGCUUUUUCUCUCAUAG